AAAAGGUUAAACAAGUUAAAAUAUCAAAAAUUAACUUAAAUUAUUGUUGUUUAAGUUUAUUAUUAAUUUAAAAAGUAUCAAGUUCUAGUGAAAAGGUGUAUUAAUAUAAAUUCAUUUAAGAUGAGUGAGAAAAAGAGUUUAAAACAGUCUAGAUUACCAUUUCAAAUAAUAUCAACAUCUCCAAAAGUAUCUGGUGAACACAAGACAUCUGCAGUUCCAGUAGAAAAGUCGUCUCCAAAGACUCCAGUCACAUCGCGUAAAAGAAAACCAUCAAAUGAUGGUGACAACAUUCGAUCUUCCAAAAUCGGACGUACAAAUUCGAAGGAAAAUAUAAUUGCAGAACAAGAUCCAAUAGAAAUUGUCGACAGUAGUGAAGAAGAAAUUAGUGCUGUAAAUACAACCUUAAAUGAGUCAAUUGUGAGUGUUACAGAUACAACUCCAACAGCUGUAAAAAUAGUAUCGCCACAAGAGAAGAAACUUCGUAUUAAGAUUCAAUCAUGUUCUAAGAGAAAGCAGGUAAUUAAACCAAUCGAAGUUCAUCCAGACGAUUCUAUUGUUUAUCUUGAUGACGAAGAAAUACAAAGCGCAAUGAAUAAGAAGAGUACUAAAAAGUCUGAGAAGAAAAAGGCUAGCACUCAAAAAGUUUUAAGGGAAAAAUCAAAGAAAAUCAAAAAGUCAUUAAAUCUCAAUCCAGAUGAAGAUCAAAGCACUAAAAAUGGAAAAAUUCUCGAGACAAAAGAAACUGAAGUUAUGGAAAUUGAUGACAAGAUGCAUGCUUCUGAUGACAAUGACAACGAAAGAUCACCCGUUGAGACUUCAGUAGCAGAAAUUAAAGAUCGUCUUGACCUGUCAAUGGAUCAAAUGUUACGAGAAUGUAAAACUGUUUCAAUUGUUUUGAAUAAGGUAUCAACAGCUGAUACUUCAAUUUUUGAUGAAAGUAAGACUGAUUUGGACGAGUCUGAAAAGGACGAAUCGCCAGAAAAAAGGAUAUCUGAGUCCGAUGAAAGUCCAAAAGUUUCGAACCAUAAUGAAUUGUCUGAAGAAAUUUCAAAGCUCGUUGACAACAGUCCACAAAGUGACGAUUCUGCAAAUAAGGAUCUACACGACGAAUUUGUUGAGAUUUUUACUGACGAUGAAAAAAAGUCACCGACAAAUCUUAACACUCCAAAUAUCACUGAAACAACACCGAAUUUGACACCAAAAGCUUUAGCACGUAGAAAAGAUCUAGAAGCAAAGCGCAUUGAAAAGGAAUUACAGCGUCAAAAAGAAAAGGAUGAAAGAGAAAAACAGCGAAUUAAGGAAAAAGAAAUGCGUGAUGAAGCUAAACGUAAAGAACGAGAAGAAAAAGAGGAACUACGUAAACGUGAAAAGGAAGAAAGAGAGAAAAAACGUCUGGCUGAAUUGGAAAAGAAGGAAGAAGAAAAACGUCAAAAAGAGGACGAAAGAAAGCGCCUUGCUGAGCAAAAAGAAGAAGAAAAGCGCAUGAAAGACGAGGAAAGACGUCAAAAAGAAGAAGAACGAAAGCGUCAAAAUGAAGCGCGUGAAGAGGAAAAGAAAAAGAAAGAAAUGGAAAAGAUUAAAGAUGAAGAACGUAAGAAAAAGGCAGCACAAGCUUUUACCAAAUUCUUUGUUGCUAAGAAGAAAAAUGAUCCACAAAUUGAUGAUGACGCAUCGAAAGAAAGUGCUGAAUGCUCUGAUGUAGCUAUUGGAAAUUUCAUGCCAUUCCAAAUACAUGGAAAAAUGAGACUUGCUCCUCGCAUUAGAAAUGAAAUAUCUAAGGCACAAAAAGAAUGUUUAGAUGAAAUCUUAAAAUCUGAUGGAAGUAAGAUCGAUCGCAGCAAAUUGUAUAUCCAACAAUUAAAAAGUGUCGAUUAUGUCCCAAAAUCAUCUACAAAAACUUGGCCUGAAGAAGAUAAGGAUGAUGAUAUUGUUAUUGUUGAUGAAUUGGAAGGUGUUGGUGAAGAUAUUAAAGAAGAUGAAGCUCAUUCAAAAAUCAAAUAUCGUGCCAAAUUGUUAUUGUUUAAAGAAAACAGACGUCCUGCUUAUUAUGGAACCUGGCGCAAGAAAAGCAAAUCAAUUACAGCUCGUCGUCCAUUCGUACAAGAUGCUAAAUUCUUUGAUUACGAAGUUGAUUCCGACGAUGAAUGGGAGGAAGAGGAACCUGGCGAAUCUUUACAUGGCAGUGAUUCUGAAAAGGAAAAAGAAAAAGACGAUGACGAUUAUGAGCUUGACGACGAUUUCUUUGUGCCUCAUGGACAUUUAAGUGAAGAUGAAAAGCAGAAUGAUGACGAAAUAAUGGAUGAUAAUAGUCCAGAAACUCAAAAGGCAAAAUUAAAAGUUCUACAACAAGAAUUUGCUGCGGAAAUGAAGAAAAAGACUGAAAAGAUUAAGCCACGACUAAUUGGAUGUAUUUGGAUGAAUGGAGAUGAAGAUGAAGACGGUGGAUCAAAGAAUGCAAACUUGGAAACAAAAUAUCAUUGUUCAGACAUAAUUUGGCGUAUAUUAAAAGCUAGAGAAAUGUUUUCAAGUGGCGAUGAAAUUAAAAUGGAAGAUUUUGAACCAGAAAUAAUUGAAUCAGAAGAAGAUAAUCACACUGAAGAAAAGUCAAGUACAAAGCAGCCAAAAACACCAGCACAAAUUAAAGUUCGUAUAAAGCUUGAAGGCGAGAGCGUUAAGGAAUUAAUUAGACUUGUUAACUACAAUAUCAAUAGCAAGAAAUUUCUUAUUAAAGAAUAUCAAGCGUAUCGUUUAAAGAAUUAUCACAAAUUGUCUGAUUUUCACGAGUUUCAAGUUAAGAGUGUUGAAGAGAAGUUAAAUGAAAUAUCAAUGUACAAGACAUGCCCAGAAGAAGGACCAUUAUUUGGAAAGAAAUGUUGGUGCGUAAAAGAGGAUGUGAUUAAAGAGUAUUUUGGUGACGAAAAACUUCCAAUGCCAAAUCAAUGGACUUAUAUCUUAGAAAAGGAAAAGAAGAUUAAGCCACCUGUUGCAGAUUCAAAGAAAGGAAGUCGAGAAGUGACACCAACUGAUGAGAAAAUUUCAGUAACUGAAAAUCCACAGUCUACGGAAUCAAUGGCAGUUCCCGAAUCUCCAAAACCUAUUAUUUCAUCUAAGAUAACAAGUUUUGUAAAAAGUUCACCAAAGCCUGUCUCAGUACCGAAAAAUGUACAGUCACCAAAACCAUCAACAUCCAAGACACCAAUUCAGAACAAACCAACAACAAAUACAUCUACACAAGUUCAGUCAAAAGCUGCAAAUUCUGGCAAAAAGCGUGUAGCAAUUCUUAUGUCUGUAGAACGUGGACAGUCAAUUAACCAGGAUAAGAAAAAUCAAGUAAUUAAUCAAUUUUUAAAAACAAAUCAAAAGAAGGACGUACCACCGUUGAAUGAAACUGAUGUCAUUGAGAUUGAUUGAUCAUUGAUUGAUCAAUUAAGUAUAAAAUAUUUUUGUAAUCACAUUUUUUUAAUAGAUAGGGAAUGUUUUAGACUUGUUACGCCUAGCUUUUCUCCUCAUCAAAAGGAAAUAAUAACUAAUAAAAUUUAUACUUAUUAUGAAUGUCAAAAUUAGUAUCCAUGAA